AUGCAUCGUCUUUUUGCUGAGCUGAAGCCAUCUUUAACCGUCACAGAGCAAAACCUGGCAGACCGAGUUCGGUAUAACUUGCGCUCAAAUAUAUUUGAUGUCGCCGAACUCGAACGGCUACGAAGUGAGGCUGUUUCCUCGUCGGAUGAGAAUGCUACGGCUGAGGAUGAGGCGCCACAAAUGGUAGAGCAACCCGCAAACGUGGAUGCCGCCGUGAAUACCCCAGUUGUGGUUGAUUCAAACGAUGAUGGAACAGUCGCCCAGGAACUGGAAUUAGAGCAUAUGAGGAGUACAUUGGAAGAGGUGAUUGUGGAAACGCGCAGAACGCCUCUCGAAAAUCAACCGCGACUUCCCCGCAUAGCCCUAAGCAAGCGGAAUCGGACUGUCGUGAGGGCUCUGAACCCAAUGCUGGUGACCUAUUUGGAAGCCAGCCGGGACCUUUGCGAGACGGACUCAAUUCUUUUUGGCGCCGCGCUGGCAGUCUGCCGUAUCAUAGGCGCCAAGGUUUCCACGGCUGGACGCGCUACUGGCCAUAGUAGCGCUAUCCCAGCAUGGAGAAGAAGAAUUGAGGAACGUAUCGCAAAGACUAGAGCUCUCAUCGGCAGACUGAUAUGCUUCAGAUCAGGCAACAACAAGCCAAGAAUUGUGCGCACCGUCAGGAUGGCGUUUGCUGGGACAAAUGUCAGUUUGUCCCAGCCGGAUAUAACGCAAAAACUGACGGAGCGCAUAGACGAUCUGAAGCAGAGAAUCGCUGCUUGGGGAAAGCGGAUUCGGCGAUAUACCGAGAGGUCGACACGGUUCAACCAGAAUCGUCUCUUCCAGAGUGAUCAGAAGAGGCUCUAUAAAUCAUUGGAGCGACCAAUGGUAAGUGGAACGGGUCCAGCACCGAAUCAGGCCAACACUGUAGCAUUCUGA